AUGAGCCGACUAUUUACAUCAUCUGAGACCACUCCUACGAUCGAGAAUGGUUUGUCUUCCCGUACUACCCAUGUCCCCAGUCAAAGCUUCCCGGGAACUGGACGUACUACAAAUGAAGGAUUUGAAGUUGUCAGCCUUUUUGAAAUUUUCAUAAGUUUUGUUGACUUUCUACUUGAAUUUAGACCGGAUCUUGGACACUAUUGGAAUGAGCUCAAAGCUUUUAUCAAUUCAUUUUUGGAUUCAGCUCCUGGUGCUGUAGUUGGAACAAGUUCCAAUACCCAAACUUUUGGUGAAAAGUUGUUGGAAUUGGGGGAAAUAAGGAAGAAAAUAGAAUUGGAAGAUAAGAAAAAACAAGAGGAACUGGCGAAAAAAACGGCAGAAAAAAGAGCAAAGAGUGAGCAAUUGAUGAAAGAGUUGCAAGCAAUGAGCACGCAAAAUCAGGAAGAAUUGGAGAGACGGAGAAUGGAAAGCCAGCGGGUCCUAGAAGAACUUAGAGAGAAAAGCAAGAUGGAUCAGUUUUAUAAGGAUAAAACCGCCGCUCUAGAAACCGCCAGACUAAUUGAGCUUGGAAAAUUGGAACUCGACAAGUUGAAAAAAUCUCGCCAAGAAUCUCAUGCCCUAUACCAAGAAAAAAUUUCCAAUAUGGACCAAACCUACCAAACCAAACAACUGAACUUCAAUGCUGAAGAAGAAACUCGAAGACAAGAGCUAUUUGAACAAGAGGAGAAGGUUGAAAAGCAAAGAAAGGAAAUUGAAGAGAAAUUGGAGGAAGAUUUGAAAAUUCUCAGAGAAAAAGGAGAGUUUAGAAGACAGGAAAUGGAGGAACAGGUCUAUCAAAUCAAAAAAGUUCUCCAGAUGAAAUUCUGCAAUGAGAUUAUGGAGAAGAAUUGGACGGAUAGACUUAACAAGUUGAGAAACUCUUUCAAGGAGGUAGAAACGGCGUAUAAAAUAGAUCCAAGCAGUUUCUUAUCGGCAGUUUCCAACCAGAAAUCGGUUAUGAUAGCGGAGAAAGUGGAGAUGAGAAGAAUGUACGAGGAAACUGGAAAGACGUUUUUGUUAGAUGUCGAAGAGUCUGUGAAGGGAAUUCUUGAAGAAGCUGAGAGGCUAAUUUAUUUGUUGGAGAACGAGCCAUCCAACACUAAAAGGAUAGAAGGUUGCUACAGGGCUUUAUCAACUACCACGUUGGAAAUCCCAACUAUGGCGGAAUUGAAGCAACGAUACAGAGAGGAUAACGAUUUUUGA